GUCUGGAGAAGGGCUAUUCUACUUUGGGUUUGAAAGGGAUAACCAGUCUGGCAAAACCCCCAACAAAUACGUUAAAAAAUAGUAAUGGACCUGAAUACGAUUCGUCUAGCGACCGAGUCUGAGGGCGAAGUCCUGUACGAGUUUCUCAAUGAAUAUGUCAAAGCUGAAGGUUUGGAAAAACAAUUUGGGAAUUCAAAACAAAGUUUCUUGGAGCAUUUCAAGCAGAAGCUGUUCCAGGCUCUGGUUAUUGAGAAUAAAUCUGAGAAGCAAUUAGUCGGGUGUGCAUUUAUAUCUACGGGGUUUAGCUUUCUCUCCGGAGAAUGGAGACAUCUUCACUGUUGCUACAUCAGACAUCCUUUCAAAAGUCAAGAAGUGGAAAGAAAAGUGAUUCAGACAGUAAAAAGAAUAUGUUUCGAAGAAAAGGCGAAUACAUUGACAACGAUAGUGAAUGGAAACGAUCUAUCAACCCUUCAAGUAUUAAAAGCAGAAAAUUGUAGAAACACAAAACCAACCGGACAGGGACAUCUACAUUUUUGGUUCAUGCAAAGCCAAUAUUCAACAGGAUCAGAUUAUGAGAUAAACAAUACAAAUUACGCUAUUCGAGAUGGUAUACUUCAAGAUCAUGAAGAACGAGAUAGAGUCUGUCAUCUGGUAGAAGAGUCGAUGGAAACACAUGGAAUUCUGGGGCAAGGGACUGUUAUACGAAAUUACUUGGAACGAAACGCCCUUUUAGCCGAUGAUAAAUACGGAGCAGUUGUCUUGGAACAUCUACGUUGUGUUGAUAGUGAUGGAAUGACGUCGAUUCGCGACAUCGUUGGUUGUGUGCUCUACUCCACGUUAUAUAAUGCUUUGAAAGGAAAGACCUAUAUACUUCACGGUCUCACUGUUAAUCCAGCUCACAGGGGUAAAGGACUCUCUAAAGCGCUUGUCCGUGGAUUGAUUAAGACCUGUCAGAGAUAUAGGAGUGACGGGAUUUUCUUCAUCAUAGCCGAUGGGAACGAUGUUUCAAAAUCGCUCUUUAAAUCUCUUCAAGGCACCACCGACAUGACAGAAUCUGAACACAAAUGGGAAAUAUUCUUCUUCAAUCUCUGAAAUGAUUCUGAGAUACGAGAUCGGGCAGAAGAAACUCUUUUACUGCAAUCACGCGUUCACGCCCGCUGUAUUCGCAUCAUUCGAAUCUUCAAGUUGACAUUUAUUGCCAAUCACAAAAUGUGUAUAAAAUUAAAGCUUAAAUUAUGAAGAGGGUAAUUCUAUACUUUAUUGAUCAUAAAGAUCAAUGACAAUCAAUUUAAAAAUGAUUUUAUAAACACUUCUCAGAUUGAUACGAACCCGGAAGCUGGGAGUUGUUUUCGAGGGUUUGAGGAUGACGUCAUUGAGUGUCUAACAUAGGAGAGCAGAGAUCUCAUGUCACAAAUGUUUUGUGCUGGCUAUACAAUCCAGACCGAGACAUUUAACAAAUCCCACAGAGCCUCACAGUGAAAAUACAGAAAAUUGCUGAUCAAGAGCAUACAUGAUACAUGUGGAGCGUUGUGGCCCAGUGGAUUAGUCUUCGGACUUUGAAACAGAGGGUCGUGGGUUCGAAUCCCAGCCAUGGCGUAAUUUCCUUCGGCAAGAAACUGAACCACAAUGUGCUGCACUCAACCCAGGUGAGGUAAAUGGGUACCGGUAGGAAGUAAUUCCUUAAAAAGCUGUGUGCGCUAUGAACGCCUAGCUUAGCCGGGUAAUAUAGGAGCGCCUUGAGCACCUAACAAGGUGGAUAUGUGCGCAAUAUAAAUACCCUAUAUUAUUAUUAUUAUUAUGAAAUAUUACUAAAAUAAAACUACAUGUUAACACAUAUUUAAUGAAUUUGAUGUCUUUAAAUGAGUUUCAAAGAGGCAUACCAACUCUGUUAUAAACUUUUUCACGGACCGUGUCGGUGUCAUCUAUCGAAUUCUUUUGUCCAAAAAUGAUUUUUUUUGUUCUCAAAAAAGGCAAAAUAUCAAUCAUUCCGGUCAAACUAAAAAAAGAAACAUUAGAUAUACAACGUGAAGUGUUUUUUCUGCCAUCAAAAUAUGACGAUAGCUGGAAUUUUUCUGGUAAGGUCGCUGCGCAGCUUGCAUACUUGUGCAUGCACGUAUCCCAGCUGCAUGGGCGGCAGCCAGUAACCCCGAAACAAGUGUUACAAUGGUUUUCGUAAGUUACGAGCCACUACUGGUGAUCCUGAAGUGAUGCAAACCAGAUUUCCAUUCGCAUGGAUGUGGUUCCUAAGAAGGGAUCACCAGUUGUUCUUAAAGUUGAUCGUAAAUCGUCGUCACGUUGUGUUUUGGCUGCUGCAAGAGUUCUGGACCCCAAUAUAGAUAUUAAUGAGGCUUGCGUCUUCGGAAUAGAGUACCGUGACCCCCAAAUGCUUAGAACAAAAAGCAUUCGCCUUUUUUUUAAUGUGAUAUUACGUUUAUUCAUGGAUUUUUUUUUUUUUUUAUGAACACAUCAUUAAAGAGGUCUUCAUUUUUUUUUAAUGUGACAAUGAAAUAAUAUUGAUAAGGGGAGGGGCGUCAUUUUUCGAAAAGUACACAGGGGCGCCAAAAUCAGGUCAAAUUUGCCCUCCCCCUACGAAAUCUUGGAUCCGCCCAAGCAGUGAGCACAUCUCAUGCUUGAGUGACGUGACUUAUAUUUGGCUUUGGCGUGGCAGGUCAUUAAGAAGAAAAUGUGUGAGAACGAUUCGAAAGAUAGAAAGGGUAGCGAUCGAGCGACCAAAAUAAUAUGAUAUUAUCACCAUUGUCUAUGAAACAGGAUUAACUAAACAGUGUAAAAAAAAACUUGACACCUCACAAAUCCAAAAUUUAAGGGAAAAUAUGUCAUGAAUGCAUAAUUGUUAUAUAUGUCUGGAAAGAUUACCUUUUCCCAGAUAAUUUUAUUCCAUUUGUCUUCACGCUUGGAUAAUCAGUAUAAGUAUUCUUUGCAGUGAUGUAAAUUUGGAUUUGCGCAAAAGUAGAGCAUUACUGAAUGAAAGAAUAUUUCAUUUCAUUACAGAUCGAGUAUGCUAUCUUAAACACAUAGGAGUAAUGCCGAAAAUCUGUUUAAAAAUGAUUAUUAUACCUCCUAUUAAAGCCUCAUUAUUUACUUUUGUCCACGACGGAAUGCAUUUGCGCAUUAAUGAGUCAGGAUCUAGGGUAUUCGUAUUCCAGUUCAUUGUGACUUAGCCGUGAACCAGAAUAGCCUGGUGGUUGAAUCGCUGCCCGGCAAGCAGUAGAUGGCAGGUUCGAAUCCCACUGGUUCCAAAUUGUUUACAAACCACUUCACACUGUUGAAUUUGAGCAUUUUAACAAUGUGAAUCACAUAUUCACAUAGUUGACCAUAUGAACACGCUGUGAACAGUCACACUGUCGAGGUCCAACAGUGUGCACCACAGAUCAUGUUCACAGUGUGGAACACAAUGUGAAAGCACUUUCACAAUGUUAAAUUUGAGCACUGUAACAAUGUGAAUCACAUAGUCGACCAUGUGAACAGUCACAUACUGUCGAGGUGUCCACAGCGUGAAAAUAUCUUGAUAUUGUUGAUUUUGAUGAUUUUAACAGUGUGAAUAUUUUUUCACAUUGACCACUUUGUGAACACACUGUGUUCUUUCCAGUAUGGUAUCAUUUUAUACAAUUGUAUUUCUUUUAGACCGUGAUAAUAUAAAUACAUGGGCAGGGUAACGAAUUUGAAAGUGGUGUAUGGGCACUGACUGUGCAAACAACAAUCAUAAUGGUUAUUGUUACAUUCUUGUCACGCGCCCCUGUAAAUAUGCUUAGGAUACACAAAGUAAAUACAACGAAUGUCGUGUUACUAUGCCAAUAAAUGUUUCAGGAUGUAUUUAUUUGCUCAAAAGGUGAAAUUCAGCCCGACAAAAAAUAUUUUGAUAAAAGUAUAGAAAAGCUC